AUGCAGCUGUUGCCAGCGCUGGUGGUGGCCCUGGCCCUGCUCCUGAGCAACGUGGUGCCAGGGUAUGGUCUGUCCCUGGAGAGCCUGCUGAUCAACAUGAGGUGCAAGUGCAUCAAAUCGACCGCCCAGGCGAUCAACCUGGGGCUGAUCCUGGCCAUCGACGUGACGCCGCCGGGGAUCCACUGCAGGAGGCAGGAGAUCAUCCUCACCCUGAAGAAAAACAAGAAGGUGUGCGUGGCCCCCGAGGCACGCUGGAUCCAGCUGCUCGUCCGCAAGCUGACACAGAGGUGGGCAGCACCCCCGAAGCAAGCAGCAUCUCAAAUGGGGCUGGCAGGAGGAGCCACUCCUCCUGACUGCUGGCAUUGA